AUGGCUGCGUUGGUACAGACAAUCCCUCAGCAAAGUGGCACGGUUACUGUGCUCCAAACUCGACCAUCAUCUUCCUCGGGCGCGUUCGCACCUUCUUCGCCUCCCUCGCAGUCUCAAAACCCGCGGAACUCGACUAUGUCCUGGAAUCCCUACAACACGACGGGUAACUCGACGACGUACAGGGCAGGCCACCAGGCUGUGGCCCCCUACCAGUUCAACAGCACCCCCAACCUCUCCAAUUCAACGAUUACGCACAAUCGCCAGUCGUCGUCUCCUCACUUGAGACCAGAGCACCGUACCUCUUCUGCUCCUUCCGCCCCUCAAUUAUCCGCAAUCCCUGCCCACGGCGGACUCGGACUCAACUCGCGUUUCUCCCAUCAUCCUGCAGCUGGUUCUGUAUCUUCAUCCUCCAACUCCUCUGUUCAGUCCUAUAUGUCUAAAGACGACUCCGCAAUUCCGUCCCGGCAGCUACGCGCUGAGCCUCCGCUGCGCCCAUUGUCUACCGUCAACAUACCCUCUUCGAACUUCAUGAGUAUAUCAUCCCCUACAGUUGCUCGUCCCUCACCCGAUCGGUAUCGCCGCGGAAACCGGCGUCCUGAUAGUGCUGCGGGGCUCCCCUCUCCGCAGCUGCAACCGAACGCACCUGGCUCGGCACGAACUCCACCAGCCACAGUGGACGAUAGCCUCCUCCAAUCGGGUACUCCUAGCUCUCCAGGGUCAACUGGUUCUGUCUCCGACGGAGCUCGCCGAUCGGGUCACGUUAGAGCGCCUAGUGCUGACGACACUUCACGUUCGGACAAACCUCAAACGGAAUUGGCCAAGCGAUAUCGUCGUCGGAGCUGGGGAACAAUUGACAAUGCCGGUCUCAUCAACAUGCAACUUCACUUGCCCACAUCAUCACCCAUCCCGUCGACAGGUGGUCAUGACUACUUUGAUCAAAUUCACCGACCUCAAUCGGCUCAAUCCAAUCGAGAUGUCCAGGGAAACAUUCCAUCCGCUCACUCCUCGACAUCUUCGGUGCGCGAUGCUGGCCACAUAGAGAAUGCACAUACGGCAAGUCGAGGCCCUAGCAAACCAGAUGAGAGCAAACGCACCAGCAAGCCCUCGCCUCUAUCCCAGCCCGUUGAUGUCAAUUCGAAGCCUUCCUCUCCAAAACCCUCGCAGACUACGUCAAACACAAAACCUGCAGCAGCUGAAAGUCCCGCUCCGGAACGACUUGCGGAACUGACCAAGAACGACCUCAGGCGGCCCGGGAAGUCCCGACUCAGAAGGGCUUUCUCGUUCAGUAGCGCCUCUGAGCUCCUCAAGGCGUCGAACAAGAAGGAGGUGAUUGCCGCCGAAAGGGCUCGCCGGGAAUUGCUCCAGGAAGAGCUAGGCCCCGAACAGGCGGCCAUUGCCGAGCAGCAGGAGGCAAGUGGACUAGGCGAGAGCAUAUACUCUUCUCACCACCAAGGCCGUAUCUUCAACAGCUCCACCGACAAUUUGUCCGUCUCCUCGACCGCAUCUUCCGCUUCAAUCAUGCUUCGCAAAAUGGGCAAAGGCAUGAAACGAUCGACCCGAUCUCUUGUCGGCUUGUUUCGACCCAAAUCGAUCAUGAGCUCCUCGUCCACGGACGCUGUGAUCACCGAGCCCAUGGCACCGCAACUGUCGGUAGUCAAUAUCGAAGCCGAGCGCAAGAGCGGAACCGUCAACGCAGACCCUCGCGACUUGCCUCACGGAGGAACGGCUUUCCCUAAGUUGGAGUCGAUUGGGUCCAACGCUGCAGGUCAUGCCGAUGGUGGCCAUGACAAGUCUCAAUCGCGCAAGAGCAUUGUCGGUGGAGACAGGGAGCGAGCGGAGGUCCUGGCAGCAGUCCGUAAGGGCAUCUUGAAGAGUAAGUUGUUUGCUUCAUUCAUUGCGUGUCCCGACCAUCCGUUAUUUAACAAUGACUCGCCACAUUCUAGUGUCCCUAGCACACCGGAGGAUCCCACGCGGUCCGGCAACCGCCGUUCUGACGCUAUCAAGAUUGCUGGCGAAGAUGAUUAUCUCUCUGAUAGUCGUUUCUUGGCUUCUGAGGCAAAGAGUGCCCCUGUGACCCCGCUUGCCAAGAGCCUCGUUUUCAGCCCCCGUAUUCAGUUUCAUGAGACAUGGCCCAGUGGGGAGUACGACCGACGGGGUGACAUUGCCACUUGCAAUCGCUUGACACCACUGCUCGCACAGCAGAUCAAAGAGGAGCUCAACAACUUCAAGAUGGAAAUGGAAGUCCAUGAGACGUCGAAAAUCUAUACCCACUUCCUCUAA